ACACACACUCUCUCUCUCUCACACACACACAGAGACACACGCAUUGAGAGAUAGCGCCGCCCCAUGGACGGACUGUGAUAACCGUAGCGUCCCACAGCUGAUAUCUGUUCGUCCGUCCCGCCCUCUUCUACCUUCUUCCUUCUCUCCCGCUACGCUCCUCUGUCUCUUCAUUCGUCCCCUGGACGCACAGACAGACAGACACAAACUCGCCGUGGGCUCGUCUUUACUUCAGCAACAAACCAGCCCGUGAAGACUUGUGCCUUGCUGGCAACUCUGAUAGCCUGCUAUAAUACAUGUGAAUACAUCUAACGGGCCCGUAAAGGAUCAAAGGUUGGGCCUGUGACUGUUUCUUGUUCCGCUGUGACAGUUUUGUGUUGGACCGUAACGGUUUCUAAUGUGACUUGUCGGGACAGUUUUCUGCUGGACCGUAACUGUUCCACGAGGUGUUGCCACAAUAUUCUACGUGUAGGACCACAGCUGGACGCCGUAAUAAUUUUUCCAGUUUGACUCAGACGUUUUUUCCCCUCCCUCCGCACACUCGUUCGCUCGUUCGUUCUUUCGUACGAGCGUUCCGAAGUCAGCGCUUGCGUGGUGCGUGGUGCGUGGUGCGUGGUGCGUGGUGCGUGGUGCGUGGUGCGUGGUGCGCGCCUUUAGGAGUAAGUUACUCAUCGUCGCCGUCAUCAUCAUCCUGGUGGUGGUGGUGGUUGUUGUUGGCGUAACUUGUGGGUGAGAUAGUGCUGGUGUCAGCGAGUGUAGAGGAGACGCAGACGUAAAGAGUGCGGAGAAAGUGAGGGGUUAGAGGCAGAGACAGAGAGAGUAAGAAGAAAGAUACAGAGACAGAGAAAGUGAGGAGAAAGAUACAGAGACCAAGAGUUCCUUUGUCAGAUUACUCUCGUCAUGGAUAGCAAGCUGGCGGAGGAGCGGGAGGUUCUGGAGCCGCUCAACCCGGCCCAGGAGGAUGUCGGCGUCACUUCCGGCCAGAGCGCGGCGGUCCCGGAACCUGGCUCGGCGGGGCGGCGGUUCAAUGUGAAGAAGGUUGAGAGUCCCGUGAGCCCGCCCCCAGAGGUCGCCCCUGGCCCGGACUCUGUGUCGGUGUCGGUGUCGGUGGCCGGGCAGGGCGCAGGGGACGAGGAGGGCAAGGAGGGCAAGCCUGUGGCCGUGCGGGUGGACAGGGAGAACAACAAUGGCGCCUCGCCCGUGGAGAUUGAGAUGUCGGACAUCCGGACAAACCCCAAAGCACG